AUGGAGCAGCAAAGAAGUUUCGAGGAUGCUGCUUUUGAGUUGUUCAAAAACCUUUGUCCUCAGAGAAAUUUCAAACGGGAUGAGAUACCGUAUCAGACAGUUAAAGAAAUCGUCGAAAAGCAUCUCAGUAAUAUGGAUCCAGAGAAAAGACAAAUUUUGGAGGCUCGUUUGAGAGGUGAAACUGAACAGGGACCAAGUGAAACUAAUUCAAAAGUCGAUAGCCGAGGAUCGUCUCCAAGCAAACCAAAAUCAGUAUCAGAAUAUCGAAAUCUUCUUGUUGCGGAUAGGCAUCAUUUGCUUCCUAAAUUGGAAGACUUCAGUGAAGCUCAAAAAAUUCAUCUGAAAUACCCAAAGAAUAUACGGAAAUUUGUGCGAGCACGCACAGAACGUAGAUUAGCUUCAGAAUCGAAUGAUUAUGUCAAUAUAGUUUGUGAUGAAAAGAAACUGCCGGAAGUCUUUCUACCUAUCUACGACCAGAUUUUGCGAAAGCGAAAGAAGUCGUUACAAUGUUAUAACAUGAUUAUUAAUACUUUGCAUCAUUAUUUUAUGCGUAUAACUUGGUCGGAUCUUGUUUCGGAUUUGGUAAACGAGUUUAUUGAAAAACAUAUCAUACUUACAUGUGAUGAUUUAACAACGAAAUAUGAUCGUGAAGAAAGAGCAGUAGAUAUCUACGAGCGUCUUCGUGAGUAUGAGUUAAUGGUACUUCUCGAACUUCAUUUGAUCAAAAAACAUCCAGAAAAGAUCGAGGAAACUGAAGUUGUAAACAAGUUGGGUUUUCUGGUAUUUGUUGCUGACUCAGUCCAUAUGAAAAAUUUUCUUGAUGAAAUUGUUUGUGAUCAAUUUGCUCAUAUAAUGCCCAAAGCAUUGGUUUAUAUUUAUGAAGAAUUAUGUAUAAAGAUGCCACUUGAUCUGGAAGAUCGAUCAGUUGAUACAAGUGCAAAUAGUAGGUUACUUGAAACUCGUGAAGUGGGAAGGAGAAGUAGUCGAAAAAUGGGUCCUGGCAGUGCAGCAAUGCUUGCGUUAGAGAGAAAAGCUGCUGCGAAGAAAACCGAAAAAGAAGGGAAGCAUAAAAAACGUAAAAGUGAUGAAUCAUCACCUGAUUCGGGAUCUGGAAAACCGAAAAUGGGACUUCGUGCACGUGCAAAACAAGCAGAACGCAUCUCAAAACGAAUUGCUGCUCGCGAAAAAAGCAAAAGAGCUGACGAAGAUAAAGAGAUAGAAGAAGAGAAAGCAGGCGAGAGUGGCGGUUCAUCUUCCACAAUUAGCGAAGGUGAUGAUCUUGGAGAAAUAGUUGUACCAUCAACACCGAAAUCAAAAAUGAAGAAGAAACUGGAUGAAAAAAUUUCUAAAGAUGAUGAAAACGUUAUGCAAACGCCACUUAGUAAACUCAAUCGAAUUCCGACACGUAAAAAUGAAAAACUAGCAGCAUUGUUAGAAAAAAGUAUGAAGACGCAAUCACAGCAGCUGCAGUUGAAAAAAAGGAAAAGUCUUCCAGUGAUACGUGGAAGAAUGCAGUCCAGAAAAUCACGAAAUUCACUACCAUCGUCGUCAUCUGCUCCUAGUCUUGCCAAUAUUCCACGAACACGUUCUGCACGUGUAAAUUUAAAUGAACGUUUUGCUAUGAUGGAUCGAUUAAACGAGGAAACUAAUGCACGUGCUGCUGCUACUACAUCACCUGCACCUCAAACAUCGAUUAAAGAUAUAUCUCUAGACAAAAGUAUUAUUGAGCGAUAUCGUAAACGCAUCGAAACUAUUCGUCAUUCAGCACGUCAAAGUGAUAAAAAUGAGGUAUUUUAUGGUCGUUGCACAUCACGUCGUAACUUAUUCGAUGAUAUUAUUGACGAGGAAGACAGUGAAGGAAUUGCAACACGUUCCACAGCUUGUAUUCAGAAGAAUCGAAGUGGACGAUCGGUUCAAACUAGUCAAAAAGUGUACAUGGCACAUGCAUUGCUCAACGUUUAUAAUACAGACCCACUUAAUCCACCAAAGCUACCAAAAGAUGCUCCGUUCAAAUUACAUCGUCUCAUUCGUCCGGCAUCGAAAUCAGAUAAAAAAAGACUAUUCAAGCUUAGACUUCGAAUAGCUCGUGAAAAAUCGGGAUCAGCUUCAUUGGUCAAAAAUAAUGCAUGUGAAAUUCCUGAAAUAACAGAUUCUUCAAAGGAUAUAAAAGCAAAAUCCGAAAUAGUAGAAGGAAAUUCUUGUAAUGAAAGUGAAAAGUUUGAAGCCGUUGAGAGGAAAGAAAUAUUAGAAAGUGAUAACACCGAAAAAACAGUGGAUCUUUUCAGGGAUCCAGGUGUGAAAAAAUUAGCUAGAAAGUUAAGUGGAACAUCAAAAAAUGUAGAAACGCAUUUGGCAUCUUCCAAUCGAUCAUCGAAAGAAAGUUCCAAUAAAAAAAGAAGAAACUCAUCAUAUUCUUCACAUUCAUCCAAUGGUGUAUCAUCCAAUAAUUCAAAAAUUUCCAAUACUAAUGGAUCAGUUAUAGAUGAAAAAAUUUCCACUAAAGCAAUUGAUGAUAUCUCUGAAAUGGUAGCGAAGCCAUGUAUUGAUUCCGCGAAAUCUAAAUCAGCAGAUAAUAUAAAGGAUCAGAUGAGGAAUGUAAAUCACGAAUGUAUGAUUGAUAAAAUAGAAAACGAAGGUGAAAAAGGUGAUAAUUCGAGUGAAAUUCCAUCUAACAUCAAAGAAAAAGAUGAUAAAAUGGAUGUAUUGUAA